AAGACUGACUUGAGAUUCCAAAGUUCUGCUAUUGGUGCUCUCCAAGAAUCUGUUGAAGCCUACUUGGUCUCCUUGUUUGAAGACACCAACUUAUGUGCUAUCCACGCCAAAAGAGUCACCAUCCAAAAGAAAGAUAUCCAAUUGGCCAGAAGAUUAAGAGGCGAACGUUCUUAAGCUGUUUUCUUAAGCUGUAUCUACUUUUCAUAUCUCUAUAACUCUGCUUACUCCCUUUAAUUUUUCUUUGUAUUAUAAAUAUUCUUUCUCUUCUUACUAUCUACCGUAGACCUAUAUUGCACUCCUUUAAAAUGCACGCAACAUAAUCACUUUAGGUUGCGCUCGGAAAAUCGGCACCGAAUAACCUUGUGGAACUGCUUUUUUCUUUAUCUCUCCAUCUUUUCUACCACUACCUGCUGCCUCUUUCUCUUCUGUCUCUUUGAUCUCUGUCCCACCUUCUUGUCUUUUCUGUUUCUCUCUCUUAAUUGUCCUAAUGGCCUAUAAUACCACCAACCCUUACAGAAUCAACUACUCAGAUACUAUUGAUUCCAACUCAGACUCCAAUCUACUAUCUUCUGAAGAUUACAUUGUUGAUAAUAAUAAUAAUAAUAACAAUUAUGAUACCAUUAUGUGGUUCAAAGCAACAAUAUCCUCUCAGAAUGAUGGAAUUGAAAUAAUCGAUCAACACUUUUCAAUUAAUGAUAAAGUAUAUGACAAUGCUUAUUUUGAUGAUCCUGUUUCUUAUAACAAAAAAUCCUUUUUUUCUUAUUUAAAUUUUUGUAAUUCCAUUGCUAUUAAUGAUAUUGAAAACGGCUAUAAUGAUAAUGAUAAUGAUAAUAAUAAUAAUGAUAAUGAUAAUGAAAAUUUGAUUAAAAAAUCUCUUAAAAAUUUACCCAUUCCAGAUUUUAUACCUUAUCAUGAUAUAUUAUGGGCAGAUUCAAUCAAUAAAAACAAUAACAAUAUUAAUAAUAAUAAUAACAAAAAUAAUAAUGAUAAUAGUACUUACAUGAAGAUUAAACUAACCUAUUUACGUUUGUAUAAGAAACAUUUAUAUCCAUCUCAUAUACACCUUUUAUUUGAUGAUAAUAUCAAUUGCAAUAAUAAUAAAAGUCAUUUUAAUUCAAAAAUAAUCAACUAUAAAGAUAGUUCUAAAAACACAAUCACCGAAAUCACUUCUUCAUCUUCUUUAGAUAAUGCUACAACUAGUCUUGAUCAAUUUGAUAAUAAUGAUAAUACAAGAGGUUUAAUCUCCCAAAUCUUAAAUCUAUCCUAUAAGGAUACCUUUAAAAUGGAGAAAUCUAUACUAAUAUUAAUCAACCCUCAUGGUGGUAAGGGCUCUGCGUUGGAUAUGUUUAACAAAUUUAGUAAACCCAUUUUGGAUUCAAUUCCCUGUAUAAAUUACAAAGUUUUUAAAACCAAUUACUAUAAACAUGCCACAGAUAUAAUUAAAAACUUUGAGCAUGACGAGUUAUUGAAAUUUGAUAUAAUUUGCUGUGCUUCAGGAGACGGAAUUCCUUAUGAAGUAAUUAAUGGGUUAUAUAACAGAGAUGAUAAAAUUGAAUGUUUUCAAAAUUUGGUCAUAACUCAGUUACCUUGUGGUUCGGGCAAUGGAAUGUCGAUAUCCUGUCACCAUACUAAUAAUCUUUCAUUUGCGACUUUAUCAUUGGUUAAAUCCCCAUAUGUUAUAUCUGAUUUAAUGGCAUGUACACAAUUAAUCAAUGAUAACCAUAGCUAUAAUGACGAUGGUGACGAAGAAGUUACUUUAUCAUUUUUAUCACAAAAUUACGGAAUAAUCGCGUACGGAGAUAUUGGUACAGAGUGGUUAAGGUGGUGUGGGCCAUUAAGAUUUGAUAUAGGAGUUUUGAUUCAAGUUAUUAAAAAAUCCAAAUAUCCCUGUGAUUUAUAUUUGAAUUAUUUUAUUAAUAAUGACCGAGAAGAAAUUAAAGAGCAUUUCCAAUUGAACUACGAUAGCAAUAGCAAUAGCAAUAGCAAUAGGAAUAGGAAUAGGAAUAACAACUCGGAAUUAACAUUGACUGAUGAUUCAUUUAAUUUGAAAUUUCCUAAAUUGAAUAAACCGUUAAAUAAUAAUGAUGGUUGGGAGUCAUUAAUUAAUUACGACUUGAACAACCUUGGAAUCUUAUAUACUGGAAAAAUGCCUUACAUGUCAAAUAAUGUACCAUUUUUCCCAACAUGUUUACCGGAUGAUGGAUUAAUUGAUUUUGUUUACAUGAACAGCAACUUGUCGUUUGUUAAGAAAGCUGGAUUUUUGUUGGACAUUGAAAACGGUUCAUCAUUGAUAAAUGAACAUGUUAAUUACUCAAAAAUUAAAGGUUUUAGAUUGAUCCCAAAAAACGUUGAUAAAGAUUAUUAUCUCAGUGUGGAUGGAGAGAGUUAUUCCGUAAAGCCAAUCCAGGUAGAAGUGUUGCUGAAGAUCUGCAAAAUCUUGCUCAAAGAUGGGUGCUUUGCCAAAACACCUAUUGGUUGAAACAGAGACAGCAAAAGCAACAGAAGCAGUAGAAACGCUUCAAAUACCUCACACUGUAUAGACUGUAUAGACUGUAUAGAACAAUUCAC